UGAAUUUUUCAGAAUUUUAUCCUAUUUCAUUUUUUUUUUAUUUUUAUGCUUUAGCCAACAUCUAGCGUUGCCACAGCCGUCCCUUACAGAUUUUAUAGAGUUGCAUGCCUACCUAUAAACGUAAAAAUACUCCACCAACUGAUUCUACUGAUUUUUCGUGGCGACAUCUAGUUGCCAAUCUAUAAACGUAAAGACUGAAACUACAGAAUUCUACCAAUUUUUGAGGCGAGCGAGUCUCCUGAAAUCUCCUGAUCGUUCGUGGCGACACCUCCUGAUCCUCAAAAAAGUCAUCUGGGAACACUGUUAGUGUUCUAUAUUUUUGUAUUUACUAAAUUAUCUACUGUAAUAUAAAAAUAUAAAAAUGAUAUGUUGAUGAUACAAAGGAAAAAGGAAACUUUAAAUCUGAACUUUUUCUGCUAAAUUCACUUAAAAAUGAGUAUUUUAAGAACUGCACUUUUAGCUAAUAAUGCUAAUAAAGAGGGACCCAGUUCCACUAAUGUGUUAGCUAGUCCCUUAUGUACAUCAACAGAUAUUGGGGAUUUCAAGAAUGAACCAGAUGAAGAUACCUGGGCUAUGGAAGUAAAAACUGAAAUUAAGAAUGAGUCCUGUAAGGGUGACCAACAAUAUAUGGAGAGUCAGCCAUCCAUGUCCAUAGAUCAGGAAAACUUGAAGUAUGAACCAGAGGAAGACUCAGGUUUUUCCCAGAAGAACCAAGUAGAAGUUAUGAAAAUGUUACCUGCAUUUUCAUGUAAUAAAAACCAACAAACUAUGGAGAAGCCUAAACAAAGUCUAAACUAUGAAGAAGCGGCUUUAAAAGAUUCUGGUUGUUCUGAAGAACUCUAUGACACAAAUAAUUCAAACAAAAAUACUAUCAUUCAGACUGGCGAAGGGUUUUACAAAUGUAACAUUUGUUUUAAGCGAUUUACUCGGGCAGAUACGUUGAAAACACAUUUGAGAGUGCAUACUGGAGAAAAACCUCACACAUGUGAAAUUUGUUUGAAACAGUUUUCUCAAAAAAGUAAUUUGAAAGCACAUUUGAGAUUUCACUCUGGAGAAAAGCCUUAUAAGUGUGAAAUUUGUUUAAAGCAGUUCACCGCAGCAGACAGUUUGAAAACGCAUUUUAGAGUGCACACUGGUGAAAAGCCUUACAAGUGUGACAUUUGUCUUAAGCAGUUUAGCAUAGCAGGCAGUUUGAGAAUGCAUUUAAGGGUACACACUAAAGAAAAGCCUUACAAGUGCGAAACUUGUUUUAAUCAGUUUGCUCAGAAAAGUUCAUUGAAUACACAUUUGAGAUUGCACACUGGAGAAAAACCUUAUGAGUGUGAAUUCUGUUUUAAGCAGUUUAGUAAAUUAGGCACUUUGACAGGUCAUUUGAGAAUACACACUGGGCAGAAACCGUACAAGUGUGAAAUUUGUUUGAAGCAGUUUAACCAAGCAAGUCAUUUGAAAGUGCAUUUGAGAGGACAUACUGGAGAAAAACCUUAUGAGUGUGAAAUUUGUUUGAAGCGAUUUGGUUCAGCAAAUCUUUUGAAAGUGCAUUUGAGAGUGCAUACUGGGGAAAAGCCUUAUAAGUGUGAACUUUGUUCUGCUCAGUUUUCUCAAACAGGAAGUUUGAUAACGCAUUUGAAAUCACACUCUGAAGAAAAGCCUUACCAGUGUGAAAUUUGUUUGAAGCAGUUCCGUCUAGCAUCUCAUUUGAAAAAUCAUAUGAGGGUGCACAGUGGCAAAAAACUUUAUAAGUGUCAAAUUUGUUUUAAGCGGUUCACCCAAGCAGGUACUUUGAAACAUCAUAUGAGUAAACACAGCUAAAACCCUCAAGCUCUGGUUUCCUCGAAAGCGGUACCGGCAAAUUGCAACCACAAUAUUGCGAAGAAUGACGUCAUAGAAAACUGUUCCACGCACGAUAGCAGCGGUUUUCAAGCAAGCCACUGCAAUUUAAUAUGACGCUGCCGGCAGUGACGUGCUGGCUAUAUAAAUGAAACAGUGCAAUCAGCGAGAGGCUGCGGCCUCUUGAGGUCGGUCGAAUAAGUUUGUUUCACAAAAUUUUUUAGGUGUAAUCAUGAUAUUAUAAAUAACGAGAUAGUAUCUUCUCGUAGCUCAAAUACGUCCGAGUUCGCGCAUGAUGACGUAACUGGAGACCGGAAGUUGAAUUUGAAUUCUUGUUAAAGUUUAAUGGGACUUGUAUGCAUUCUGUGAUGAAAUUAUUCAAUUAGCAAAAUAAUAUUAAACUUCAAUGUAUUCGAAAAAAUGUGUCGAGAUUCCUGUCAAAAUAACUGUCAAAGAUAAAAUAUAAAAUGCUCUUAGCUUACAACCGCGAACAAUUCAAACUAAUCGGACAUUACGAAUGAUUACGAACCAUUACGAAAGUAAGGUCUCCACUUACGUCACGACUUCAGGAUGUGCAAUAUAUUAUCUUGUUAUUUAUAGUAUCAUGGAUGUAAUGCCGGGUUUACCAGAGACAUGUUAACGAUAGACCAGGCUAGGGAUAUGCCACUCAAUGCAUUGGGGUGUAACGCAAAUAUCAAGUACAGUGGUAUAGCUAGCUAUCUUUGUCUGUCGUGCGAGUGUGAGCGUAUCUACCAAGAGAUGGGAGUAAAGUAACGACACAAACACAUAGGCGGCGGCCAUCAUAUGCUAGAGAGAGAAAGCUAAGCGUCGGUAGAGAGAGAUAGAUAGACCACCGACCCGAACUGCUCCGCGUUACGCUAUUUUUCGGACCUGGCCUAAUCUACUUGUUAUUAUAUCAAUGGGAUUUACACUCAGUCCUGUUGGACGGGGAAGUAGACAGCGUGAGUGUGUAAAUAGGUCACUCGCGUUGCCACUGCCUGCGCCCCCCUCAAAAGUCAGUUUUUUGAGUCGGAGUUUUUCAAAGAAAAGGCAGCACGAGUGAGUGUUCACAUUCAGCCACUCUCGACUUUCAGCAUCGAUGCCAACAGGGCCGCCGCUACCAUGUGUGCAAAGUGUGCAUCGCACACGGGCGGCCAAAAGCAGGCCACUGAUGAUAAUACUUUUUUAAAACGAAAAUAAAUUAAAAAAAUUAAGUAGUAAUGCUUCAGAUAUUUCUAUAAACUCUAAUAUUCCAAACAAUCUAAACAAAAAUGCGAGAAAUGUUAUUUAUUAUAUGAACUGCCCUUUGCAGCUGUAGUCCGGGAAGUAGUUCCGGUAAUGCUUUAUGCUUUAGCGUAAACAAUGUUCUAUAUAAAAAUGUUCUACAUAAAAUUUAAAAAAAAAGGUCCUAUACAUAAUUGUUAUAAAAUCAACGGCUCCAGAGUUAUGGAAGGUGAAAAGUGGAGGUUUUCGAUACUUUUUAUAUUUUUUGGGCAAUUUAUAAUAUUAUUACUGAUGAAAGAAAUUUUCUUUAACAGGAUUGUUUUUUGUAAAUAAAAUUUGCUAUUUCAGUGACCGAUGGUAUGUUAGUGAUAAUCCAUUGAAGAAACGUCAACCUCACCACCCAAAAUCAUCAUCAAUUACCCAAAAAAUAUAAAAAGUAUCGAAAGCCUCCACUUUUCACCCUCCGUAACUCUGGAACCGUUGAUUUUAUUACAAUUAUGUAUCGGACCUUUUUUGUUUUAAAUUAUAUGUAGAACAUUGUUUACGCUAAAGCAUAGUGUAAGAAACAUUGACGAAAAACGUAAAAAAACUACUAAUUUACCGACUUCUCCCCCCCCCCCUCCUCCUCCAAACUGGACGCUCAAAAUGGUGUUUUUUUUACUGAACAAUAUGUGGACCAUACAGAACAAUUUGGUGUUGGAGGAGAACUUUUACUUUGGAUGUCUGAGUUAGGCCUUUUUUGGGCCAAUUAUACUAUACUACCUCCGUAACUUUGAAACCGUUCAUUUUAGAAGGAUUAUGCAUAGGACCUUUUUUAUUUCAAAUUUAAUGUAGAACAUUUUUGUAUAGAGGGUUGUUCAUGCUAAACCGCAGUUUUAUAAAUAUUGACGAAAAACGUAAAAAACUACGAAUAUACCGAUUUCUCCCCCCUUUCCCCCCAAACCCGACGCUCAAAAUGGUGUGACUUUUUUCUGAAGAUUAUGUGGACCAUAUAGAGCAAUUUGGUGUUGGAGGAUAACUUUCACUUUGGAUGUCUGGGUUAUACCAUCUUUUGGAUCAAUUCUAUCAUACUAUCCUGGCUUGUUCUAGGAUUUUCCGCCAUUAUGUUCUGUUCCUUGCUUUGUUUUUCCAAUUGAUAAUCUUAAGUGUUUUCAGAUCUUGUUCCACUUGUUCCAUAUAUUUAAGUUUGGGUCUCCCCUUUGACCUUCUACCUACUGGUGUCUGCUUCAUUAUAUGUUUUUUUGUGUUUCAGUCUCCAACAUCCGUUCAACAUGGCCCAUCCAGUGCAGACGUCCGAUAUUUAUGGAUGUUAUGACGUCGGGUUCGUUGUAUGCUGCGUAUAGUUCAAAAUUAUAUCUUCUGCGCCAUACGUCAUUUUCUUUCACCCCCUUAUAUGUGUCUAAGGAUUUUUCGUUCAAACGUACCUAAUAAGUUCUUUUCGACAGUGUCCAUGUCUCUGAUCCAUAUACAUAUAAGGACCGGUUUUAUCAGGGUUUUGUAUAUUUUGCAUUUGGUUUUUUUGUGAUUUUGUUAGAUCUUAGAUGUUUAAUUUGUCCAUUAUAUGUUUUAUUAGCAAUAUGUAUUCUUCUCUUAACUGCUUCACUGAGAGUGUUAUCUGCGGUAACUAGUGAACCUAGAUAUGUAAAAUUUUUCACGCUAUCGAUGUUAUAAUCUCCUAUUGUCUUAAUAUAAAAAGCUUUAUUUUUAUGUUUUAUAAAAGUUAUAUACGGGUAGGAAAGACAACGGAACGAAUUUUCGAACGUGGAAACAGACGACACCCCAGAUUUACCAAUUUCUGGACAAUUGAUCCAAAGGCUGGAUUCUAAGAACAAAACAGUUGUGGAUGUUCAAGUUUUCAAUGAGAGUCAGAAUGAAAAAAACAUUAGGGACCUCUAGUAUGAUGGUUUGGAGAAUUUGGCUGGUUAUAUCUGCCAUAAAUUGAAGGACUCCAGUAUUCAAUCCGAAGAUGUUUCAACGUACACGCGGGUUGAUCAUUUGAGUGAGUGUGGCUUAUGUAAACCAUCAGACACUUUCUUGUCAUAUACAGGGUGUCCCGAAAAAUAGUGCGUUCCUUAAAGGUAUAGGUAGAAGGCACCAUGUAGAACAAAAAACUCUUAUAACAUUUUUUUCUAAAUGCAACCGUUUGACCAAAAAAUAAAAAUGUAUUUUGGUAUGUAAAUUUAAAUCUGACAACUAUGUGCGGUACGCAAAUUUAAGCAUAUACAGUCCCAUGUAAAUAGAUAGAAGAUACAUAGCUAGUAAACAGAUAGUUUUAAAGAAUCCUGUUUAGUGUCAAUGCCGAAAAUGUUUUCGAAUAGUGAGUGUAUUACCUAUUAUGUUAUUACCUAUGAAUGGUGUUUGUGAACGGUUACUUGAAACAUCUAUUCGGUUAUCUUAAAGGAACGCACUAUUUUCCGGGACACCCUGUAUUGAGCAACUGGAGACAAUUUUUCGUUCCAAUGGUGAUUCCAUUUUGGUAACUAAAAAUUAUUUAGAAAACUUUUAUGUCCAAAAGUGUAACUGUAGACUGUUCUAAUAAAGCGAAGAAGUUAUUUUUUAGGUCUCGGAUGUAUUUCCGAAUUAAAGAAUUAAACAAGUCUCAUUAACAACCUGACAUUGCGUAAAAGAAAAAUUAUAAAAACUGCAUAGUUGCUGUAUGUACGUCUAUUUCACAAGCACAAAAUUUGAAUAAAGUGCAUGGCAUGAAAACUGUAAAACUUAUUUUUGUCUUUUCCAAGCCUCUCACUUAAAUCUGAUGAAAUACAUUAUUUAAAAAGUAAAAA